CGAAAGAUGAAAGACCGAGCCCAGCCCCCAGCGUGCUACGGGAUCCGGCGGACGCAUUCCGUCACGGAGCUUCCCGACGCUGGAGGACGCCUACAUCGAGGAAGUGCUUCGGAACGGCCGGGCCCGAUGGACCUAUCUCUGUGUGGGGGCGAGCGAGACCCUGGAGCCCACCGUCACCACGUCUGCAGUCCCUUUCCU